AUGCCAGCCAACGGACACGCCGUGCCAACCGCGCCCUGUCACGCCCGCGCGCCCACCCCACGGCGCCACAGCGGCCGUCCCGCACGUGCUUCCCUCCUCCCACGGCCCAGUGUCGCGGCUGCGGGCCCCUGCGCGCCGAGCGCGGGCCUCCGACGAAGCCACAGAUGUCUCAUGCGCACGCGGGCGCAGCCGGAGGAGCAGGGGGGGGGUCUCCGGUCGCGCGUGGCUACGCUGCUGAAGGAGAGGGACGACAAGCAGGACGGGGCGGCGGACGAGAGCUUGGGUGUGGCGGAGAAGAUCGUUUCCGGGCUGUCACAGGACGCAGAGACGCGCUCGCAACAGAUCCGCCUGGUGGGCCUGUGUGCACUCGUGGCGCUCAUCUGCGCGGUGGACCGCGCCGCGAUGUCCGUCGCGAUCCUCCCGAUGACGGACGAGUUCGGGUGGAGCGACGCCGACAAGGGCGCGAUCUCGGCCGCGUUCUUCAUGGGUUACACGGUUACGAACCCUCUGGCAGGGGCUCUCGCGAGCAAGAAAGUCAGCGCGAAGAAGACGCUCGCGGGCGGCGUCGCGCUCUGGUCGCUCUUCACCAUGCUCACGCCCCAGGCCGCGAAGCUCGGCGAGCUCGCGCCGCUCCUCGCGUGCCGCUUCAUCAUGGGCUGUGGUGAGGGCGUGACGUUCCCCACCAUCCAGGCUCUCGCGGCGAAGUGGAUCCCUCGCAACACGCGCUCGCGCGCGCUCGCGAGCGUGUACGCGGGCGCGCAGGGCGGCACGAUCGUCUCGCUGCUCACCGCGCCGCUGAUCAUCAACACGCUCAACUGGGAGUCGAUUUUCCUUGUCUACGGUGCCCUGGGCUUCCUAUGGCUGCCGUUCUGGGCGCCCGUGACCGACGACCCCCCGAAGGGCACCGUCACGACGACGGCCUCCUCGCGCGUCAACAAGGCCAGGGCCGCCGCGGCGAACGGCGCGGCCGCCGCCGACGACGCCGCCACGCCGUGGCGCGACAUUUUGACCAACGGCCCGUUCUGGGCCGUCCUGAUCGCGCACAUGUCCUGGGCGUUCGGCCACUACACCGUCCUCGCGUGGCUGCCCACGUUCUACUCCCAGCAGUACGGCCUCGACGUCUCGGCCUCGGCAGCUUUCUCAAUCCUGCCGUGGGUGGCGACGUUCGCGUGCACGAACGUCGCGGGCUGGACGGCGGACGCCCUGCAGAACAGCGGCACGCUCGCGGCCACGGAGACGCGCAAGCUCAUGAACGGCGUCGCGUUCAUGAUGCCCGCCGCGUUCCUGACUCUAUGGUGCUACUGGCAGCCGGAAGACCCGUACCAGGCGCUGCUGCUCAUGACGCUCACGCUCGCGACAGGCGGGUUCUCGGCGGGCGGGUUCGCGUCCAACCACCAGGACCUCACGUCGCGGAACGCGCCGCUGAUUUUCGGCAUCACCAAUGGCAUGAGCAGCGUGGCGGGGUCGACGGCGGUGUGGGCCACGGGGCUGAUUCUGAACGACACGCACAGCUGGGCGGACGUGUGGACCGUCGUCGUGCUGAUCUACGUCUUCGGCACCGUCGUGUACUCGUCGCUCGCGAGCGGAGAGAAGCAGUUCGAGUGA